AACACAGAUGGUGAGUGUUUCAGCAGUGUUUGGUAUCGUGUGGUGCUUUUUGCUUAGUUGUUUAUCGCAAAACGUCCUACAAUUGCAUUUAAAAUGUAAAAAUAAGCCCAGAUAUUGCUUUCUUAAAGAUGCACACGGGCAAUGGAUGAUCCUAAAUCUGUCCAAAGGAGGUUUGAAGCUGCUGUCAAAGUGAUCAGAAGUUUGCCUGGAGAUGGUGCCUAUGAACUUUCCGAUUAUAUGCUUCUUAUGUUAUACAGUUACUACAAACAAGCCACAGCAGGACCAUGUAACACCAUUAAACCCAAUUCUUGGGAUUCUAUUAAUAAAGCUAAAUGGGAGGCUUGGAAAGCCUUAGGAAACAUGUCCAAAGAUCAAGCCAUGAUGGAAUAUGUUCAAGAAAUACAGCUGAUAAUUGAAACCCUUCCGGUCACAGAUGGGAUGGCAGAAUUAAUGGAUGCUCUUGACCCAUUUUAUGAGAUAGUGGAGGAAGAUGAAGCUGUAUCCAGUAAACCAGCUCCAUUAUCCACAGGAAGUAUUAAUGACGAAAAAGAUGAUGAUGCUGCUGCUUCAGAAGAAGAAGAUGAAAGUGACAGUUCUUAUGAACAUAUAGAAGAUGAAGUUGAGAUGGUGGACGCUGAUUUAAGGACAUUGGCAGAAGCAGGGGGACGUUUACCAAUGUUAAAUGUCAGUGAGGAGAUGAGCGUAUCCUCUUUGACCAGUGAGCAGGAAGAGGAGCUGGUGUACGGCUUGGAGCCCAGCACAGAGCCUCUAGAGUUCUGCUCAUCUGAAAACUCCCAUAGUGAUGAGGACAUUCUUACCAAAUACAAAUCUCAAACCGAUGAAUCAGAUAACGAAAUGCACAGUGACUCAAAGGAACACCCAACAAAACCUGAAAAGGGAUCAGGAGUUCCCAGGGUCCAUUUGGCAGAUAUAAGUGUGGCUGGGGCCAACAUUCAGGAGCGACAAGGGGGAAACAGAGAAGCUCAGUGUGGGAGUCAGGAUGGAAAACCACAGGGUGUUACACCCCCGGUCCCCCACCCACCAGCAAUUGGAACAGUCCAAACUGACAGAAUGUCAGUGAGCAGAGGAAGAGGCUGUCUGUUAGAUGGGACUAACACACCAGCCGAACAUGAUAACUUGACCGAGCACAGUUGCCAAGGGGAUGGUGAGUGCUGGGAGAUGGGAGCAAGCAAGGACAGGCAGGCAUUCAACACACAGAUCGCCAUGGCCCUGUCACAGUUAGAGGACAAUAUGCAGGAUGUGCUGAAAAGACUAACCAUACUGGAAGUACUGACUGCAUCACAAGCUAAAAGUAUCCCUGGUUGGCCCAUAAAAUCUCAAAAUAAGAGAUUACCCCGGUGGCCAUUAGACUUGUCGCCUACCUCUGUAGUGCUGGCUGUUAUGUGGCCCUUUGCUGUGCACUGGCUUGUGCAGUUUUACUUACAGAAGAGGAGAAUAUGGUUAACAUACAAUCCAGUGAAGUGAAGAUCCAGGACACAACUGUACAGUUCCUCAAGGAUUUUCAUGCAGUCUGACAAAUCUAAAGGACUCAGGACAUAAGCAAAUAUAUUUACUCAUAUUUAGUAAUAUAUAUGAUAUUACUGUAACACUUUUGUAUAGUUCAUUUUUAUGACUUGCAUUAAAUUUAGAUCAGUCA